AAAGAAGAAGAAGAAAAAAAAAACACACAGAAAACCCUAGAUCGAAAGAAGAAGAUGGCGGAUACUCUGCAGCGGAUGUUGGAAAGCGGAGAGCUAACGAAGGAAAAAUUGUUCUCUUUUAUGCGGGGAUUAGAUUCCGAUGAUAAAGUAGUGGGUGGAUGCACAUCUGAGAAGAAAGUGAUUGAGGAAAAAGCUGUUAAACGAAUCGACAACAGGAAAUCUCUGAAGCAGUUGUUGGACAUGCGGUUUCUAUCUGCUGAGGAAAGCUACAAUCUUUUACGCCAAAUAGAAGAAGAGGAAGGUGAAGAAGAGGAAGAAGUAGACGAAAGGUACCACGACCAAAUCCUUGAUUCUCAGUUUUUCGAUAUCGAUCGUGACGUUCGUGUCCCACGUUUGAUCGGAGUCUUACAAUUUUAUUUUGGGGACAAGGAGGAAGAACAACCACCUCCCGAAAUGGUUCUCUACGGCCAGUUGGCUGUUCAUUGGUUCAACUUUGAGCACAAUAGGAACUUGAAGUUCAUACGCUUACCAAAAUUGAAUACCCAACAUCCGUUUUCUGUAUCCUACUAUAUUACUGUAGAGGUUGAAGAUGAGGAUGAAGAUGUUGAUGCUGCUGCUGAUUCGUCUCCGUCGUCUCUCACUCUGCAAACUAUGGUCAAAAGACCUUUUGGUGCCUUUUUGGAAGCUAUGAUGGAAGUUAUGAUUGAAGUCUGCAGAAUCAAACCCACCACAACAGCGAAUCAGCUAGACUUCCAGCACUUCAUGAUUGGUUGGGUAGAUGCGUCUUACAGAGAAUGUAUGCCUACCUUUUUGUCUGAAUCGCCAGAAGAAGCAGCUGAUGAUCAGAGAUUCUACGAGGUUCCGGACGAGGACAUUCGUAAAAAUGAUUGGCUUCGUCUGUAUGCCCACUUUGCACUUUUCAAAGUUUGCGAGGCUGGAUCUCAUGCUUUCCCGCCAAAGGAGAUGGAGUUGAAGAAGAUACUUGUGCAAACACGAGUAACAACAACUCAAUAUGAUCAUGAUGAUGAUGAUGAUGAUGAUGAUGAUGAUGAUGAUGAUGAUGAUGAUGUUGAGCCGCCGUCUCCGAUUCUCAAUCCCAUUGAUGCCAAGUCUAUGAAUGCCAUCUUCCACAUAAGCUUCAAGGCCAACUGUCGCGACUACACAUCCGUAGUAAGGAGAACUGUAGAUGGGUUUUCAGGACAUAUGCACCUCGAAGUCAACACCACGGAGAUUGAUUGCUUCUCUCCUUAACAGAUGAUGAAAGUUAGUUGGUGGUCAUGCCGGUGCGCUCUGUUACAAUCACUCGUCAGAAUACUCCUUAUGCUUUAUGUCGUUUUAUCUAUCCUUUGGUUUCUAAUCCUCCACCGCAACUAUAUCUACAAUCUUGCAUUUGUGUUCUCUAUCGUAUCAAACAGCAACCGCCAUUGAUACCUCAUCCUUUUUGUUUUUCAAUCUCAGUUACAAAAACACUAGUGCUUGGUUUUGAUUUGAACAAAAAAGUUUGGAUUUUUACGAAAGGAGUCGAUGGAGCAGCAAUGGCAAGACAGAGGAAAUGGUUAGGGAUUUAGACUAAAACCUCUGAGCAAGACAAAAGGUUACAAGAUUGACUCAAAUUCUUACCAGAUCUUAUUCUCUCUUGAAAACAUGUUAGUAUCGAAUGAUCCAAUUAUAUUUCUCUCAAUAAAUUUUCCAAUGAAUUUAAUAAAUCUUUAAGAUACAAUUUUUAAAAGUUCCAAAGUUUAUUUGAGGAACAAAAACUUCACCUAAUGUUCCAAAUUAUCUUAAUUUUGGAUAAAAUUUCCAAAUUA